GACAGUUUAUGAUAAAUUAAUUCAUGUCAGUAGGUUCAUCCAAGACCAAGAGUCAGUCAAUUCGGUAUCUACGUUGUCUGGGUGGGUUAAUUUAAAAUACAUUUAAUAGUUUUUCGUGCAUAAUCAUCUGGUAUUGCUGUGAAGACCACAAGUUCGAGUCAAAGAAAAUAAACAUUUUAAUUCAUAAAGAUGGAUAAGAGUAAGGAAAAAGAAGAACAAAGUAUUAUGGAUAAAUCCAUGAGGUCUGUCUUCGUUGGUAACAUACCGUAUGAAGCGACCGAAGAAAAACUGAAAGACAUUUUUAGUGAAGUUGGUGCUGUUCUUUCUUUUAAGCUGGUAUUUGACCGUGAAACUGGUAAACCUAAAGGCUAUGGGUUUUGUGAGUAUAAAGACCAAGAAACUGCUCUCAGUGCGAUGCGGAACCUUAACGGGUACGAAAUCGGUGGGCGCUCACUUAGAGUGGACAAUGCUUGUACUGAGAAGUCACGAAUGGAAAUGCAAGCCUUAAUGCAAGGUCCUCAGGUUGAAAAUCCAUAUGGUGACCCUGUGGAGCCAGAGAAAGCCCCGGAAGCUAUAAGCAAGGCCGUGGCUACCUUGCCUCCAGAACAAAUGUUUGAAUUGAUGAAGCAAAUGAAACUCUGUAUUCAGAAUAAUCCAACUGAGGCUAGGAACAUGCUUCUUCAAAAUCCCCAGUUGGCAUAUGCUUUACUCCAAGCUCAAGUGAUAAUGAGGAUUGUGGACCCUGCCACUGCUGUUAGUAUGCUGCAUCCUUCCAACCCGGUGCCGCCGCUGUUGCAGCCAGGAGAGAAGCCCCCACCACAGAACUCUUACAACCCCCCACUACCAGCUCAACAACCGCCGCCGCUGCUUAGUAAUCCGGUGCCCCCUCCGUCAAACCAAUACAAUCCGGGCCGCGCGUCGCUGGACACGGACCUGCGCGGCAGCCGCGCGCCGCCGCCGCUGCUGGACCAGGACAUGCGCAGCCUGCCGCCCGUGGCGCCGCACCCCGUGCCGCCGCCGCACGCCAACGACGCUGGAUUCCCGCGGGACCCGCGGCUGUCGGGCGCCAUGCCGCCGCCCUUCACGGCGGACCCGCGCGUGCGCAGCGACCCGCGCACGCAGCCCAAGAUGCCGCCGCAACAAAUGCCACCGGGUAUGCCCAGCAUGGCGCAGGCGAGAAUGAUACAAGGCAUCCCGUCCGGUGCAUCUGAUCAGGAGAAGGCCGCGCUGAUAAUGCAAGUACUGCAGCUGUCAGACGAACAAAUAGCGUUGUUGCCUCCCGAACAACGCACCAGUAUCCUCAUGCUGAAGGAACAGAUCGCUAAGAGUACACAGCAGCGUUAACACUAUUACCAGUAUUUCUCAUCUGUAUGCUGAUAUAAUUAACAUAAAAGUUAAGGAUUUGUACUGCUAUUUUAUAGAAAUAAAUAAUUUCAAUAAAU